GGUAGACAACAUUGUAGAAUCAGUGAUCAAGAAACUAAUGGCAAAACCUCAGCUGCCAGUUCAAACGACUUCAGCGAUCCGAUUUACAAAGAAAUUGCUAUAACCAAUGGUUAUAUCAACAGAAUGACCAGAGAAGAGCUCAGGAGUAAACUCGCAGAGUUCAAGCUUGAAACCAGAGGAGUAAAAGAUGUACUGAAAAAGAGAUUGAAAAACUAUUAUAAGAAACAGAAGCUGAUGCAGAAGGAACACAUUAGUGAAGACAGCUGCUAUGACUACAUCUGUGUCGUUGACUUUGAAGCAACUUGUGAAGAAGGAAAUCCGCCUGAGUUUGUUCAUGAAAUAAUUGAAUUUCCUGUUGUCUUGGUAAACACACGUACCCUGGAAAUAGAGGACACCUUUCAGCAAUACGUGAAGCCAGAGAUUAAUCCCAAGCUUUCAGACUUCUGCAUCAGUCUGACAGGAAUAACCCAGGACAUUGUUGAUAAAGCUGAUAUUUUUCCUCAAGUUCUGCAGAAUGUCGUAGAGUGGAUGAGACAACGAGAACUGGGAACAAAGUACAGCUAUUCCAUGUUGACUGAUGGAUCUUGGGACAUGAGUAAAUUUUUGAACAUCCAGUGCUUUAUUAGCCGUACCAAAUACCCUUCUUUUGCCAAAAAGUGGAUCAAUACUCACAAUUAUGGGAACCUCUACAAGGUUCCUAGGAAUCAGACCAAGCUGACAAUCAUGCUUGAAAAUCUGGGCAUGAGUUAUGAUGGGAGACCUCACAGUGGACUUGAUGACUCUAAAAACAUUGCAAGGAUCGCCAUAAGGAUGCUGCAGGAUGGCUGUGACCUGCGGAUGAAUGAGAGAAUUCACGGUGGACAGCUGAUGACAGUCUCCUCCUCAGGCCCCUUAGAGGGAGCCCCUGCUCCACAGAUGCCCCGCUACAGAAACUAGCAGCUCAGGGCUCUGCCCCGGGCUGCCCUCACAUACCCGCUAAAGACUCCAGAGCUUGUUAAAUGGGCACCUCUGCCAGCCUGUCUGCCGGGCAGAAUCCUAAAGCACCUUACCUAAUCAUCUCUGUUGAAAUAAAGAGGAGCAUGGAAGCUGUUUGUUCUUUGAAGCCUAUUACAGCAAUUUCUUUUUGUACUGGUGACUUCUGCUAGCAGUGAGGUUGAUAUCUGGAAUCCAGACAAAGUGUUAAGCAUUUAAGAAGGUGUAAUUUGAGCACCUGCUAAGAGGGAUUGGGCCUGUGUGCUGCUGUGCCACCCCACCCUGUGGGCAGUAUUUGUUCACUGUGAUGUACUCCAAUGGUAUCCAGCAUCUAUCUGCUUAUUCAUUGCACACAAAUAAGCCAUUCCUGGAAGAACUGAAAGAGCAGUGGUUGGGCUGGCCCUUCCUGAUGAGGCACUCUGCUAAGGGUUCCUAUGAAUUUUUUUAUUUUUUACAAAGUCUAGGAGAAAUGGGUGUGCAUUCAUCAGUUGUAAAGUAGUAGAGGAGUACUCUGUUGUUUGAGGUUCUUCUUUAAGGGAUAUGUUUGUCUGCUUCCCCAUCAAAUGGAAGAUCUGGGUGUUGAAUAAAAACUUCAUUAAUAUAGAA